UUCAAACUUCUGCAUCAUUAUUUUAUAUAAGAUAAUGAUGAAGAAGCAAAAUACUAAUUAGUGUAGAAAGUUAUAACUGAUGUUGCCUGGAAGAUUGGUAUGAUUUGAUGUCCUGAUUCCAUUUUCCUUUUUAAUUUAUAUAUUUAUUUUCUGAAAGAGAAUUCUUGGGAUCAUGGUUCCUGCAGGUGGAUUAUUGUUAAUAUUAUGAAAUUAAUUAGGGUCCCGAUCCUGAGUCUCUUCUGGCAGCAAAAACUAUCCCUUGUGUCUUUUUCAUAAUGUUGUAAUCAUGAAGCUUUAUCUGACUUCCUGUAAUUGUUUGUUGAAAAUAAAAUGCCUUCAAUUCACAUUAAUCAGUGGUUGCAAUUGAACUUGCUCUAGCAGAGUAGAGGACCAAAAAAAUACACACACAAAUACACAUUACUACGGGGUACUUUGGAAGAAAGAGGACUUACUAAGGUCGGUGGCUGUCAUGGUAGCAAACUCCCUCUUCGUCAGGGCAGGUGAAUGAAAUAAAUGCAACUUUGUAUCUACUUAACAGCAGAAGACGAAGAAUUUCAGCUCUAGCCAUGUCUCUGUUCAAGCUGGUAGCGUUGCUUUUGUUUCCUCAGAUUGCCUUUGCAGCUUCAGAUUCUUCUUCUUCUUCUUCUUUCACCUUCAAUGGAUUUAAGUCUGCGAAUUUAAGCCUUGAUGGCUUAGCCCGGAUCAUGCCCGACGGCCUCUUGAGGCUAUCAAACGCCACGAAACAGCAGGCAGGCCAUGCUUUCUAUCCCAGCCCUUUUACUUUCAAGACAGACUCCAAUAGUUCAGCCUUCUCUUUCUCCACCUACUUCGUCUUUGCAAUAGUGCCUGAAUUUCAGCCUUUGGGGGGUCAUGGAAUGGCUUUUGUGAUAGCACCCACCCGAGGGCUCCCGGGAUCUCUCCCGAGCACUUACCUCGGCCUCUUUAAUGAAUCAAACAACGGUAUUGCUUCCAACCAUAUCGUUGCAGUUGAGCUCGACACGCUCAAGAGCUCCGAGUUUAAUGAUAUCAAUGAUAAUCAUGUCGGGAUAGAUAUCACUGGAUUGGAAUCCGUGCUGGCGAAGCCGACAGCAUAUUAUGAUAAAAAAACAGGUUCCUUUCAGAAUUUGACUCUAAACAGCGGGCGCCGGAUGCAAGUUUGGAUUGAAUACGAUGGUCCGUCUCAGCUAUUCAAUGUCACAUUAGCUCCUUUGGACGACGGAAAGCCAAGUAUUCCUCUCCUCUCGUUGAGGUACGAUCUUUCACCAAUUAUAAAUCAAAUUAUGUACGUUGGAUUUUCAGCGGCGCCUUUACUGUCAUCCCAUUAUGUAUUGGGAUGGAGUUUCAACAUCAAUGGUGUGGCUCAGCCGUUGGAUCUCUCUCAACUUCCCAAGCUCCCUAGAGUUGGGCCAAAGAAGCAACCCAAGACCUUGACAGUUGGUUUGCCUGUGGUUUCCAUAGCUUCUUUACUGUUAGCUUUAUUCUGUGUAGCUUACUAUGCUAGAAGGAAGUGGAAGUAUGCCGAAGUGCUUGAAGGGUGGGAACUUGACUACGUAGCCCAUAGAUUCAGAUACAAAGAUUUGCACAUUGCCACCAAAGGAUUUAAAGAGAAAGAGUUACUAGGAUCAGGAGGAUUUGGCAAAGUAUACAGAGGUGUGAUGCCUGGCUCAAAAAUUGAAAUAGCCGUCAAGAGGGUCUCUCAUGAGUCGAGACAAGGGGUCAAAGAAUUUGUGGCAGAAAUUGUCAGCAUAGGCCGGCUGCGUCACCGGAAUCUAGUGCCAUUAUUGGGCUACUGCCGGCGUAAAGGGGAGCUGCUUCUGGUGUAUGAAUACAUGCCUAAUGGAAGUCUAGAUAAAUUUCUACAUGACCAGCCCAAUUUCACCCUGAAUUGGGACCAAAGAUUUCGAGUCAUCAAAGGCGUGGCAUCGGGCCUGCUUUACCUGCACGAAGAAUGGGAACAAGUAGUGAUUCACAGGGAUAUAAAGGCUAGUAAUGUGUUGUUAGAUGGUGAACUGAGAGCAAGAUUAGGAGAUUUUGGACUAGCGAGGCUGUAUGAUCAUGGAUCGGACCCACAAACCACCCAUGUCGUGGGUACUCUGGGAUACUUAGCCCCAGAGCAUACCAGAACAGGCAAGGCCACAACAAGCACUGAUGUUUAUGGUUUCGGGGCUUUCUUGCUUGAGGUUGCUUGUGGGAGGAGGCCGGUAGAACCAAAAGCUUCAAACGAAAAAGCAGUUUUGGUGGAAUGGGUGUUUUCCCUUUGGAGUAAAGGUGAAAUUCUUGGGGCUGUUGAUCCAAAUUUGGGGAAUGAUUUUGCUGAAGAGGAAGUAGAAUUGGUACUAAAACUCGGCCUGUUGUGUUCUCACUCAAGGCCUGAGGUUAGGCCUCGUACGAGAGACAUCCUGCGGUAUUUGGAGGGCGAAGUGGCUAUGCCGGAGUUAUCAUCACUAGAUCUUUCUGCCACUAGCCUAACAUUUGCAUACAAUGAAGGAUUCGAUGAUUUUGCAAAAUACUACCCAUCUUCAACGCACACCAUGUUCAGUGGUUCUUCCUCUAUCGCAAGUUCGCUUAUCUCCACCGGUCGAUGACAAAAUUAAGUAGCAAUUUUAGCAGCAAUCAGUCAUAUGUAUGGUCAUGAAAAUGUACUUGUAUUAGGAAAAUACUUGUUAGUGUUACUUGUGUGUACAAUAAUCUCAUAAGUGGAGCCUCAGAGUGAGAGGGAGGGCUUAAUUGGUUCUCAUAUUCUCUCCCUACCUCCUUCACUGUGAUGUUUGUACUUCACCUUGCAAAUAUUAAUGGUGGUUUUGAUUU